CACUUUAAUACUUAUCAUACACACCUACAACUCUCCCAACUCCCCCUUCCUGUUCCUAAAUCCCUCGGACUUGGUUCUCAAUUUACCUUUGACACUUCAUUGAUGAAUCAAUGAAUUAACAAUAUUCCAAAGAUCCAGAGCGAAAACCUCGACAGGCGCCAUGAACCAACAAGGCAUUGCUGGAGCAGGACCAUCAAGACACCCUACACCCCCCUCAGUCAGGAAGCAUAUCGCCAACGUCCACCGCACAAUAGGAGGCCGCCCUCCAAAGAAUUGUCCGCUGGAAGUGUGGGAUGAAUAUUACAAAAAGUUCAAGGCUGAGAACGACCGCCAAGGAGUGGAGAGUGCAGAGAAUUCGUGGACGCAGCUUGCCAAGGGGGAGCAGUUCAUUGAGAAAAUGAGGCAUCGACCAUUCCCACAAUUUGGUAACAGCAGUGAAGAGGACGAGCUGCCCAAAGGCGUCCUGCCCGCAAUUCCAGCCACUCGAAGAGGCCAGACUGAACGAAGCCAAGCAACUUCCAAGAAGGAUCUGAGAAAGAGUGCUCAACCAGUCAAAUCAGCUACCGGAAACGGACAGCAAGUAUCCAAGGCCGAAGACGAAGCCGCAGCAUCCCUCACAGCGCUUGCACAAGCCCAACCAGCAAAGCAAUCAUCAGCAGAUUCACCUCAAGCCCAAUCUGACAUGAAGCCUAAGCGACGCCGCACUGGGCCAGAGAGCCUUAGAUCCUCUCUCGGCAAGAACUGGGAAGCACAGGUGGACGAGGAUGGUCAUAGGCCAGCUAGACGUGGUAGAAAGAACUGAAGAGCUCUAACAGAGAAGUUAAAGAGGGUGUAUUGGCCGGAAGUUCACGUUAGACUUUAUCAUCACCUCGUUACUUCGGAGGAUGAGGAUGGGUUUCUGAUAGACAAUGCAAAAUGUGUGUUGCAAUUCAUCGU